GAGAGGCGGUGGAGAUCAGAUUGAGAUCACAGCAGUAGAUCUACUCACUGCCUCAGUCACAGCUCUGUGACAUCCUUCCUUCAGGGAUUUCCACUUUUAUUCUUUUUCUCUUCUUCUUUUCUUCCGUCACUCGGGUCCGGACUGAAGCGGCCGGCGACCGGGUGUCUGAGGAGCUUCACUGACACACACAACCGCGAGAGAGGACAGUGGAAUAAUAAGGUGGAGUUUGUGCUGUCAGUGGCCGGAGAGAUUAUCGGCCUCGGAAACGUCUGGAGAUUCCCAUAUCUGUGUUACAAGAACGGUGGAGGUGCUUUCUUUGUGCCGUACGUCAUCUUCUUCGUCUGCUGUGGGAUCCCAGUCUUCUUCCUGGAAACAGCAUUAGGUCAGUUCACCAGUGAAGGAGGCAUCACGUGUUGGAGAAAAGUCUGCCCACUGUUUGAAGGCAUUGGAUAUGCGACCCAAGUCAUUGAAGCACACUUGAAUGUGUAUUAUGUGGUAAUAUUGGCGUGGGCUAUUUUCUACCUGUUCAACUGCUUUACAACAGAGCUGCCCUGGGCUUCAUGUGGCCACUAUUGGAACACAGAAAACUGUGUGGAUUUUAACAAUGAAAGCAUUGCCAACUUCACCAACCCAUAUUCCACAUCACCAGUCAUGGAGUUUUGGGAACGCCGUGUUCUCAAAAUAUCCUCUGGAAUUGAAGAAGUCGGCGGCCUUCGCUGGGAACUCGCCCUUUGUCUCGCUAUAGCCUGGGUCAUAUGUUAUUUCUGCAUUUGGAAGGGUCCCAAAUCAACGGGAAAGGUGGUGUACGUCACUGCGACCUUUCCGUAUUUCAUGCUGUUGAUCCUUCUUCUACGAGGAAUCACGCUGCCUGGAGCUGCUAAUGGAAUAAAGUUCUACCUGUAUCCCGAUAUCUCUCGUCUAUCAGACCCUCAGGUGUGGGUGGAUGCCGGCACGCAGAUCUUCUUCUCAUAUGCUAUAUGUCUGGGUUGUUUAACGGCUCUCGGCAGCUACAACAGUUACAACAACAACUGCUACAGAGACUGCCUCAUGCUCUGCUGCCUGAACAGUGGCACCAGUUUUGUGGCAGGAUUUGCCAUCUUCUCUGUCCUGGGCUUCAUGGCGUAUGAACAGAACGUGCCCAUAGAGGCUGUGGCAGAGUCAGGUCCUGGUCUAGCGUUUAUAGCGUAUCCUAAAGCUGUGACCAUGAUGCCGUGGGCUCCGCUGUGGGCUGCGCUCUUCUUCAUGAUGCUCAUCUUCCUCGGACUGGACAGUCAGUUUGUGUGUGUGGAGAGUCUUGUGACGGCCAUUGUGGAUAUGUACCCUAAAACCUUCCGCGUGGGCUACCGGAGAGAGCUGCUCAUCCUGGGCAUGUCCAUAGCUUCAUUCUUCCUGGGUCUAAUCAUGCUGACGGAGGGUGGCAUGUACGUGUUCCAGCUGUUUGACUCGUAUGCAGCCAGUGGCAUGUGUCUUUUGUUUGUGGCCAUAUUUGAGUCCAUCUGCAUUGGCUGGGUUUAUGGCAGCGACAGGUUUUAUCUGAACAUUGAGGACAUGAUUGGAUAUAAACCCAUCUUCUUCAUCAAGUGGUGCUGGAAGUUCUUCACACCGGGCAUCUGCACAGGCAUCUUCCUCUUCUUCUUGAUCAAGUAUAAGCCGCUGAAGUAUAAUAAUGUGUACACGUAUCCAGACUGGGGUUACGGCAUCGGCUGGAUGAUGGCCAUGUCCUCGAUGGUUUGCAUUCCUCUGGGGAUCUUAUUUCAGAUCUGGAAAACUAAAGGAACGUUCCGUGAGCGGAUCAAGAAGCUGACGACCCCCAGUGCAGACCUGCGUAUGAGGGGCCACGUGGCCUCCAGGGGUCCCUGCGCUAUCAAUGAUGCUGAUGCCAAAAUGAGGGCGGACGGCAAGAUCUCCACCAUCACAGAGAAGGAGACGCACUUCUAAACCCAAGACACACUCGUCCCCGGCACGACAGACAGAACAGAGAAGAAACAAAUACGUUUGCCUUUAUUUUUAAAGAGAGAAG